CACUCACUCAUUCACCAUGGAGGGAGGACAGGACGCAUUCAGACGCUUUGCUCAGCAGGUCCAACGCGCAAGCCAGCAAGGAGGUGGGCUUCCCCCAGGUGGCGGGAAGCUGUUCGCUGGAGGUGGUUUGCUCGUGGCAUUGGUUGUCGGUGGAAUUACUCUGAACGCGAGUUUGUUCAACGUUGACGGUGGCCACCGAGCCAUCAAGUAUACGCGUCUGUACGGUGUCAAGGAUGACGUCUAUGCCGAAGGAACUCACCUCAGGGUACCAUGGUUUGAGCAACCCAUCGUAUUCGACAUCCGUGCAAAGCCCCGGUCUGUUGCGAGCUUGACUGGCACGAAAGACUUACAGAUGGUCAACAUUACGUGCCGUGUCCUAUCACGGCCGUCGAUCCAGUCACUACCCCAAAUUUACCGUGAAUUGGGCAAGGACUAUGACGAGCGCGUUCUCCCUUCUAUUGUGAACGAGGUCCUUAAGAGUGUCGUUGCACAAUUCAACGCCAGUCAACUGAUUACGCAGCGUGAAAUGGUUUCCCGACUCAUCCGCGAAAACUUGACGAGCCGGGCACUACGCUUCAACCUUGUCCUUGAUGAUGUUUCAAUUACCCACGUAGCCUUCUCUCCCGAGUUCACCCAUGCUGUCGAGGCCAAACAGGUCGCUCAACAAACGGCACUUCGUGCGGCCUUUUUAGUAGACCAGGCCAUCCAGGAGAAGCAAUCUAUCAUUGUGCGAGCACAGGGUGAGGCCCGUAGUGCGGAGCUCAUUGGUGAGGCUAUGCGGUCGAAUAAGGGGUUCUUGGAGCUGCGUCGCCUUGAGGCUGCUCGUGAGAUAGCGAAUGUCUUGCAGACCUCUGGUAACAAGGUUAUGUUGGAUUCGCAGGGGUUGCUCUUGAAUGUGACUGGAGAUGACACGAAGGAGUUGUUGAAGGUCAAGAAGUAAAUUGCUUAUAUCACGGCCAAUACUUACGUCUGGCGGCGAUUACUGCUAAUGAUACAAUUGUGCAUUCUCAUAAUCAUACAAACCUUAUGACCUACUGAAGGUCCCUGUGUUC